AUGAAGAAGUUCUCUCGAAUGCCCAAGUCGGAGGGUGGCGGCGGCGGCGGCGGAGCGGCGGGUGGCGGGGCCGGCGGGGCCGGGACCGGCUCUGGCUCCGGGAGCUCGUCCGUGGGGGUCCGGGUGUUCGCGGUCGGCCGCUACCAGGUCACCCUAGAGGAGUCAGUGGCCGAAGGUGGAUUCUCCACAGUUUUCCUGGUGCGGACUCAUGGUGGAAUCCGCCAUGCAUUGAAGCGAAUGUAUGUCAAUAACUCGCCAGACCUCAACAUUUGUAAAAGGGAAAUUAAAAUUAUGAAAGAGCUGUCUGGUCACAAAAAUAUCGUGGGUUAUUUGGACAGUGCUGUUAAUUCAAUUAGUGAUAAUGUAUGGGAAGUGCUUAUCUUAAUGGAAUAUUGCCGAGCUGGGCAGGUAGUGAAUCAGAUGAACAAGAAGCUGCAGACAGGUUUUACGGAACCAGAAGUGUUACAGAUAUUCUGUGAUACCUGUGAAGCUGUUGCGAGGUUGCAUCAGUGUAAGACUCCAAUCAUUCACCGUGAUCUGAAGGUAGAAAAUAUUUUGUUGAAUGAUGGUGGAAACUAUGUACUUUGUGACUUUGGCAGUGCCACUAAUAAAUUUCUUAAUCCUCAAAAAGAUGGAGUUAAUGUAGUAGAAGAAGAAAUUAAAAAGUAUACAACUCUGUCAUACAGAGCCCCUGAAAUGAUCAACCUUUAUGGAGGGAAACCCAUCACCACCAAGGCUGAUAUCUGGGCACUGGGAUGUUUACUGUAUAAACUUUGUUUCUUCACUCUUCCUUUUGGUGAGAGUCAGGUUGCUAUCUGUGAUGGCAGCUUCACCAUCCCAGACAAUUCUCGUUACUCCCAUAACAUACAUUGCUUAAUAAGGUUCAUGCUUGAACCAGAUCCAGAGCGUAGACCUGAUAUAUUUCAAGUGUCUUAUUUUGCAUUUAAAUUUGCCAAAAAGGAUUGUCCAGUCUCCAAUAUCAAUAAUUCUUCUAUUCCUUCAGCUCUUCCUGAACCCAUGACUGCUAGUGAAGCAGCUUCUAGGAAAAGCCAAAUAAAAACCAGAAUAACAGAUACCAUUGGACCAACAGAAACCUCAAUUGCACCAAGACAAAGACCAAAGGCCAACUCUACUACUGCCACUCCUAGUGUGCUGACCAUUCAGAAUUCAGCAACACCUGUCAAAGUCCCUGUACCUGGUGAAUUCAGUAACCACAGAUCAAAAGGAGCACUGAGAGCUGGAAUUGGCCCUGAGGUUUUACUGAGUCAGGGGCCCCCUCAGCAGCCUCCACAGCAGCACAGAGUACUUCAGCAGCUACAGCAGGGAGAUUGGAGACUGCAGCAGCUUCAUUUACAGCAUCGUCACCCUCACCAGCAGCAACAGCAGCAACAGGAUGCUUAUAUGCAGCAGUAUCAACAUGCAAUGCAGCAGAAACAAAUACUUCAGCAACAGUUUUUAAUGCAUUCUGUAUAUCAUCCACAGCCUUCUGCACCACAGUAUCCUGCAAUGGUGCAGCGAUAUCAGCAGGCUUUCUUGCAUCAGCAAAUGCUAGCUCAACAUCAGCAGUCUCAACAACAAGUGUCAUCUGAGUAUCUGACCUCCCCUCAAGAGUUCUCACCGACCUUAGUCUCCUACACUUCAUCACUUCCAGCUCAGGUUGGAACCAUAGUGGACUCCUCGUAUAGUGCCAAUAGGUCAGUUGCUGGUAAAGAGGCAGUUGCAAAUAUUACAAAUCAGAAGAACAUCAGUAACCCACCUGAUAUGUCAGGGUGGAAUCCUUUUGGAGAGGAUAAUUUCUCCAAGUUAACAGAAGAAGAACUGUUGGACAGAGAAUUUGACCUUCUAAGAUCAAACAGGCUCGAGGAGAGAGCAUCCUCAGAUAAGAAUGUAGACCCACUUUCUGCACCACAUAACCAUCCUCCAGAAGAUCCUUUUGGUUCUGUUCCUUUCAUUUCUCACCCAGGUUCUCCUGAAAAGAAAAUGGAACAUUCAUCCAUGGAUCAAGAAAAUAGCUCUGCAAAUCCUAUGAAGAAUAGAAAGACAAGUCCAGUAUCUAAAGACCACAGGGCUGUAAAGAAAACCUCAGCGAGUUCGUCGGUACAGGGUCAAGUACAGAAGGGAAACGACGAGUCUGAAAGUGACUUUGAAUCAGAUCCCCCUUCUCCCAAGAGCAGUGAAGAGGAAGAGCCAGAGGAUGAAGAAGUUCUUCAGGGAGAACAAGAUUUCAAUGAUGAUGAUACCGAACCGGAGAAUCUGGGUCAUCGGCCUCUCCUCAUGGACUCUGAAGAUGAGGAAGAGGACGAGAAACAUAGCUCUGACUCUGAUUAUGAACAGGCCAAAGCCAAGUACGGUGACGGGGGCCCCGCUUACAGAGACACAUCCGGCAGCGGACCAAUCCAAAACACGAAUGUGACACCCCUGAGCCCAGCCCAGGCCCCCUCUGAUGUUGGAGUGGCAACUCCCCAACAGGAGUUUGAUGUGUUCGGUGCUGUCCCCUUUGCAGUGCCAGCUCGACAGCCCCAACUGGGGGAAAACGAGAAGAACCUCUCUCGACAGACCUGUUUUCCUACUGUGGGACUGGAGCGCGAGGAAUUCGAUGUGUUCACCAAGGCACCUUUCAGCAAGAGGGCGAAUGCGCAGGAUGGCCGUGCAGCGGGGCCGGAAGCACAGGCUCUCCCUGGUUGUCCCAAAAGUGUAGAUAUAUUUGGCUGUACUCCAUUUCAGCCCUUUCCCACUUCCACCGGUAAAAGUGAUAGUCACGAGGACCUUUUUGGGCUUGUGCCCUUCGAGGAGAUAACCGGGAGUCAGCAGCAGAAAGUCAAACAGCGUAGCUUGCAGAAACUGUCCUCUCGCCAAAGGCGCACAAAGCAGGACGUGUCCAAAAGUAACGGGAAGCGGCACCACGGCACCCCGAGCAGCGCGAAGAAGACGCUGAAGCCCCCGUUCCGCACCCCGGAGAGGGCCCGCAGGCACAAGAAGGUGGGCCGCCGAGACUCCCAGAGCAGCAACGAGUUUUUGACCAUCUCAGACUCCAAGGAGAACAUCAGCGUUGCGCUGACUGAUGGGAAAGACAGAGGGAAUGUCCUGCCUCCUGACGAGAGCCUGUUGGACCCCUUUGGGGCCAAACCCUUCCAUCCCCCAGACCUGCCCUGGCACCCUUCACAUCCGGGCCUGAGCGACAUCUGUACUGACCACAACCCCGUGCUGCCUGGGCGGCCAAGACCCAAUUCCCUCCAUGGGUCAUUCCACAGUGCAGAUGCGCUGAAAAUGGACGAUUUCGGUGCUGUGCCCUUCACAGAGCUGGUGGUGCAAAGCAUCACUUCACCUCAGCCCCAGCAGCCCCAGGCAGUUGAGUUAGACCCAUUUGGUGCUGCUCCAUUUCCUUCUAAACAGUAGAUGCUUCGAUGGACU